AUGACGUCACAAAGCGAGUCGUCAGACGGUGACAUCGACUACGUCUCCGAAGGUGGAGAGGGGCACUAUAGGUCGCCUAAAAAUAAAAAUAGGUUCGCAAGCCUAGCGCCGCCAGAGCAGCCUAAAGAAAGGGAGAUGGAGGUGCCUGAAGCCCCCAACGACAACGAAGCCGAUGAAGCGGAGCUGGCACAAGUGCUGCAGGCAAAAAAGCAGCAAAUAGAUGCCUACGAGGACCAGCUAAAAAAGCUGAAGGAGGAGAUGGAGCCCCUUCUCAGUGCACUAAGAAACAAAAUUGAAGCGCGCCGACAAAAAGAGGCAGCUGAGAAGGAGGACAAACAAGCACAACGGCUCCUACAACAACAACAGCAGCAACAGGCAAAGCAAAAAAAGCCUGAUACAAGGCAACAAAAACAACAACCACAGCAGCAACAACCAAAGCCCGCUACCAAAAUCACUGGAGCGGAGCAAAAAAUUAAGGCUUUACCAGCAGUGACAGGCUCAAUGAAGGAGGGCCCAUCUACCUCGAGUAAGGCCAAGCAGCAGCAACAACAAGAGCUACAAGCAAGGCAGCAGCAGCAGCAGAAACAUUUUGACUUUACCGCUUAA